AUGCAUAUCCCUACUUUCGGUCAGGUCGCUACCCUUGGCAUGGCAUUUUUCGCCGCCACUGCUCUGGCAGUGCCCAUCGCUGAACCUCUCGAGGCCGAUCUGGCCGAGCGUUCUGCCGACAUUGCUGCCCGUAGUGAAGGUUUUGCUGCCAUUGCCGGCGCUGACGUUGUCGCCCGCAGCGUUCUCGAGGAUCGCAACAGCAAGAAGAAGUGCAAGCGCACCAACAACAAGGGAUACUGCUCCGACUCUGACGACGACAAGAAGAAGAAGAAGCAGUGCAAGCGCAACAGCAAGGGCUACUGCUCCGACUCUGACGACGACAAGAAGAACAAGAAGAAGAAGCAGUGCAAGCGCAACAGCAAGGGCGACUGCUCCGACUCCGAUGAUGACAAGAAGGGAGGCAACAAGGGCUACAACAAGGGCUACAACAAGGACGAUAAGAAGGGUAACAAGAAGGGUCACUACCGCCGCGAGGAAGGUGUCAACUCUGACUUCGAGGACCUUGAGUAA